AUGGCAGCAUUGUAUGAAGCCCUCCCAGUAGAUGUGGUGAUGUACAUCUUUGAUAAUCUGGAUGUCAAAUCCCUUGUCUCAUCGUCCUGCACUUGCAGAAGAUGGAGGGCGAUGGCAAGUAGCAACGACCUGUGGCACCGGCUAGCUGUUCGUGAGUUUGGGGAUGAGGGUGCGAAUGUGGCACCGGCGAUGCCAAUUGCAUCCUGCCUUAGCUGGCAGGGCCUUGUGAAAUUGAUGUGCCGUUCAGUAGUCUUUAUUCAUUUCAAUCGCAUAGCUAGAAUGCAGAGCAUGGCUGACAACACACACUCUUGGAAGGUUCAAGUCAUGCAGGGUGUCUCAAGGGUUGGGCCGCCAGGGAUUGCCGAUCUCUCUGCAGUCCCGAGUUGUGCCAACCCCAUGUAUGAGACAACGGAAGUGCUGGCAUCCUUCAAAUGCCAGUGCAUCGAGCUGUCAUGUUACAUUCCCACACAGUUGGUGGAUAGAUACAACGCAUACAAGCAAGCUUGUGACACCCUCAACUGGAGCCAGCUCCUGUUCAUGGAUUGGAGGCCAGUCAUCUGUGUGCAGGGGCACCAUCAGUCUGGUGUCUUUGAACUGGUGGACUGCACAGUAUAUCGGAAGGGGGGCAUUGACCAUGCUGGAUCUGCAGAUACUUUAGAGCUGGGCAAUGAGAGAAAAUGCAUGGCUGUGGUUGUGCUGCACUACCAGCAGUUCUUGGCUUCGCAGUUUCAGGGCAUUCGAGGGGAACGGCCAGAGGUGCCACAGCGUUGGGUCACCCGCACUGAUGGCAGAGAAGGCUCCCCACGUUCCCUGGUCUUCAUCAAUGUAAUCGACACACUGGGGGCACCGCUUUGCUUAUUGAUCGGGGUCACGACCCAAGGCCAAGCUCGCACCAUUGCCUGGCCUAUUAUCCUGUGCAACGGCUUGGAAAAUCUAGUAUCACUGAAGAAUGACCCAGCUCGCCCUGUCUGUUCUGCUCAGGUGUCGUAUUACCAUCUGCAGUCGGGUACCCUCACUAGGCCUUGUGUUUUCACCCCGUCAGUGGAGGUGGAGUUUGACUCUGACGGGUUUUUUAUUCGGAAGGAUCAAUGGAAGUGGCAUGUUAAUGGCUUGAGCCAGGGGCUGCUCACAUGGUCAGAGGGGUAG